CUGAUGAGGCAGGCCUGGGCGGCUUCUCCUGAAAACUGGAUUCUCUUGUUUGAGGAAAUGAGUAACUGCUCAUCUUUGAAGAAACUAUAAAGCUGUAUUUCCAUGCGCUGUGACCUGUUUUUUCCCUUCCUUUUAUUAUAAAUGCCAGUUUUAAUGGGUGUUUCUUACUUUUUUUUUCUUCCCUUUGGAGGACAAGAAAUUAGUCUAGGUGCAGUAAAUGGGAAGAGAUGGAAGAAAGGAAAAUCAAGAGGAGGAGCCCCAAAUCAUCUACCAGUCACCCUGCCCAGGUUACUAACUCCAAGAAAAACUCCGUGCCAGUCAGCAAAAGUACAGCCUUUUCAAAUCCCGCACCACAGCCUGCAGUACAGAAACCAAAGUUAAAACGUGUAAUAAAAGAGAAAGCCAAACCUCCAGGAGGCGAAGCAAAAGGGGCACAGGCAGCACCAAUCCAGCAUUCUUUUCUCACAGAUGUAUCAGAUGUCCAGGAAAUGGAAAGGGGACUUCUGAGUCUCCUGAAUGACUUCCACUCUGGCAAACUUCAAGCAUUUGGAAAUGAAUGUUCCAUAGAGCAGAUGGAGCAUGUGCGGAGUAUGCAGGAGAAACUUGCUCGCCUCAAUUUGGAGCUCUAUGGGGAGCUGGAAGAACUCCCUGAAGAUAAAAGAAAACUAGCCAGUGACUCCAAUCUGGAUAGGCUGCUAUCAGAUCUAGAAGAACUGAAUUCAUCUAUCCAAAAACUACAUUUAGCAGAUGCUCAAGAUAUUCCAAAUAGUGCCACGGGCUGAAAGAACAGCUUUGUCCCAGAAGCUUGUCUUUUGUUUUUCCUGACAGUGGAAUCUG